AUGGACAACACUUUGGUGCUCCUGUUUCCUCUGCUGUUCAUCUUCAGUGUGGGUAAAGCUGCUCCUCUGCCAAUGGACGUAGUCAAAAUGAAAUCAACAGUUAAGCGGAUUUCUGAAACGUUGGUGAACAGUCUAAACCAACACUUACAGGACCAAUCUGGUAGGACGCUCAGUCCACCUGCUGCUGAUCUGAAUGGACCUUCCUCCAUAGUGAUCGUCUUGGAGGGUUUUAAUCGCAAGAUAAGUAGUGACUCCUACUUUGCGGUGACGCAGACCAAGUCCCAUAUCUCUUCAUUGACGAGUUAUGUCAGGGAGUGGAUGAAGGCGAAAUGCAGUGAGCAGCAGCCCAGAGGUUCAGAGCCAGCGUCGCUGCUACGGCUGAAACAGCGGAGUCGACCGGAGUUCUUGGACACUGUGAGCACCGAGGCUCUCAUGAGAGUAAGGGAGUUCCUCAAUCUGCUGCUACAAAACCUGGAUGAUCUUGAAUCUUGCUGA